AUGAAAUCAGCAGUUAAUCCUGUCCCUGUACCCCUCAAGUUCGAUAAGAACAUCAAGCAGGCCUUUUACAACAUAGGAGCAUUGAUCUUUGUUGCAAUCUGCUGUGGAGCAGCUGUGCUGGUCUAUUUCAUUUUGGAGGCUUUCCUACGGCCAUUGCUUUGGGCAGUGCUGUGUGGAACUUUCUUGCAUCCCUUCAAGCACACUCUGGCCUUGGCAGUGAGGAGGUGGUUGGCCAGUCUGAGAGGAACGGGCACUCCAAUUGUGUUGGGCACACUGCUGCUACCCAUUUGUUUCAUUAAUCGUGGAGUGGAGUCACUGGGUGAGGUAGUGCUGAGGAGGCUCAACUUGCUUUUGCUGAUGGGGGCCAGCCUGCCACUGGCCUGGGCCAUUUACUAUGGCGGGAAUGUCAUCAGGGUGCAGGAGCUCCUGAAGUACACAUGUGACGCCAUCAACAGCACAUUGGAGUGUUUCGGAAUGGUGUGGGUCUGCACACUGGUGGUGGGCUAUGUACUAGCAAUUUCUUUUAAAUGGACCCCAAGCACACAACACUAUCUCAGAGCCAUUUCAGUGCCAGUCUGGACAGUGCUGCUGUUGUACUUGGCAUCUGUGACUGGCUCCUGGCGAAUCCCCAUCUUCAUUCUGGUUGUGUCUCUAAUGAUAGUGGGUGCCUUCCAAGAAAGAAAGCGGGCAAAUGGAGUAGGACUAGAGAUCUCUGACCAGGUGCUUUCCAUUGCCGCCAACACCAUCAGCAUGGCAUUCUCCUACACUGGCUUUAGGCGGAAGCCUUCUGAACGUUCUGAUUUUCAGUUCACAGGUUCUCCCAGAACUUACCCCUCAAGCCUAGCCUCAUCUUCACUGUCAUCCUCCAGCAGCCGGUCACGACCCGAGUUUUAUUUAUCUCUGCAGAAGAAGAGCACAAGUGACAUCUAUUUUGUGGUUCUGGUCUGGGCCAUCAUCACAGUGCAGAUGUGGCUGAAUUUGUGGUUGCUACAGUUGCUCCCAGUCCCUGUUGCUGUCUGGAGUUUCAAGAAACUGUUUCUCCACUUGGGGCUGACAAGCUUCACUAAAAGCACCCUGGUUUCCCUAUGGGCAGAUAUGCAGGAGUUUGUAAAGGAACGGCAGGAUGGGUUGGUCCCUGGACCCAUUAAAGGGCUUUGGUACUUUCUCAUAAAAGCAGACACCAAGUUGCAUUAGUUGCUAAAUCAAAGGAUUAUCGGCUGGUUGGAGAAGUCAGUAGACAAACUGAUCAGUAUCUUUAUCAUCUUUCUUCUUGUCAUGGGAACGUUGUUACUGGCCCUGCUGCUUACGGCAAAGGUCCAUGAAGAGAGCAUGCAUAUUAUUGAGGUGACCAGCAACCUUAUCAAUGACACUGUUUCAAACCAUCCAGAAUGGGCCAACCUGCUUCCUGAAGCUCAAGUAGUUCAAAAUGCCUUGAAUUCUGCUGCCAGUAAUGUGCACCAAUAUGGGAGAGAGCUGAUAAGUCAGAAGUUGCACACAGCUUUAGGAGAGAAGGUGAAUAGCACUGCUGUGAUUGAGAAGCAGGUUCUGGAGCUCUGGGACAGGCUCUACCACUCCUGGUUUGUAAAGAAUUUCACCCAUUCUGCACGGCACAGAGGCAAGAAAGAAGUGCAGCGACAAUACAGCUGGUUGGGUGAUAUUUUGGACUGGCAGGACAUCGGUUCAUUUGUUCACGAAAAUAUUGAAAUGUUCUUAUCAAUUCUGGAGUCCCUUUGGAUCAUCAUGAGCCGAAACAUCAGCCUUUUGUUUACGACGGUCACCACCCUGCUGACUGUCCUCUUCCACAGUGGCACAGCCCUGCUUAACUUUGCGCUGUCAAUGGUUAUUUUCCUGAACACCCUCUUCUACUUGUUGAGCUCGAGUGGAGAGUACUAUGAGCCGGUGAAGUGGGUCAUCAGCCUCACUCCACUGUCACAACCUGGGCCGUCGUCCAACAUUGUGGGAAAGGCAGUUGAAGAAGCCAUAAGAGGGGUGUUUGAUGCGUCACUGAAGAUGGCUGGCUUUUAUGGACUGUAUACGUGGUUGACCCACACCGUAUUUGGAAUCAAUAUCGUGUUCAUUCCAGCAGCACUGGCGUCCAUCCUUGGUGUUGUUCCAUUUCUGGGGACCUACUGGGCUGCUUUGCCAGCUGUUUUGGACCUUUGGUUUGUACAAGAGCAGAAUGUAAAGGCGAUGUUGCUGCUGGUGUGCCACCUCUUACCAACCUACGUUGUGGACACGGCCAUCUAUUCAGAUAUCUCGGGAGGUGGCCACCCCUACCUGACAGGUUUGGCUGUUGCUGGUGGUGCCUAUUACCUGGGCUUUGAAGGAGCCAUUAUUGGGCCCAUCCUGCUUUGCAUCCUGGUGGUGGCUUCCAACAUCUACAGUGCUAUGCUGAUGAGCCCAAGCAAUGUGCAGACACCUCCACGGCAGGCUACGUGGCCAACACAAGCAGAGAGAACCCUUGCGAGUGGGGAAGCGCAGAGGUGAUGGCAGUUGUUGCUGUUAUUCCCUGAAGAUGGGUUCUUGCACUGAUGGGGCACCAGUUAGUGUACAUGCAGCCAAGCAGGUGACCGUCAGGCUCAGGUGACUUCUGAGUGCUCGGCCAGGACAUGUUCUGUCAACGCUAUGGAGCAGACAGAUCUCGUCUAGUGGAACAUUUGAUGCUAAACAUGGGCCCUCCGAAAAAGUGCACACUGGCAGAAGACAAGCUGAAAGAGCACAGUGGCUAGAGGCACCGAGUGGAGUCUCAGCCCCAGUAAGACGUGAUGAACAUGUGAAUACAUUGAUGUUGAUGUCAUCUCUCUCUGUGAAGGAGUGCUAGUAGAAGUGAGUGUGGUGCAGCACUGACACUUGCGUUAGCAGUACUUGGGCUAUUAACUGGUCCCAGUCCCCAUGACACCAGGAGGUACUCAGUUUUUGGUGUCUCUAUUGCUUUACAGAGCCUGUUCUUGUAUCACUGUACCUUUCACCCAUGGAGGACAGUCACGUCUGCCAGCUCUGCUGCAGGGCCACUAGCGCUUUUGCCACCUCAAUUCUCCCACAAUACCCUCCGUGGGGCAGUACCCCUGACUGCUGCUCCUUCCAAAGCAAACAUGGGUGCUACUGGACCACUGACUUGACUGCACACUUGCACUUUGUUAUCCACUCCCAGUGCAUCCUGAGUGUUAGCAUCCACCAAUCUACAUGUAAGACAAAGGAGGGUAACCCCAGCUGAUGCAAGAACAUCCAGUGUCCUGCCACCCACUGGUGGUUGCAAUGCAGACAGAACAGAGAGGAGAUUCCAUCAGUGGUCCCUGUUGGGAGUGUCAUGUGACCACAGGCGUCUGGCCAUGGACAUCAGCUGGUUACUUUGUAUUGUUUUUACUGUGGAGGGAUGUCCCUGUCAUAACAUGGGCCUACCAUAGACGGAAAUCAUCUGGAGUCACCAUCUAAAUGUACAGACAGAGCCCCCCAGCUGCCCGUGGUAAUGGCUAUCCUUGUAGUUUGACAUUAUGGCCGGCAGAGUGUGCUGUCACUUAUUUCAGUUGGGUGGCAGCUAUGGGGCAGCAGGCAGAGGCAGCAACGUGUGCAGCAUUCCUGGAAGUGUGGGCAUGCAGUCCAUAAGAGCGGGUCUGCCUCGCAUCAGUCAGUGCGUGAAACAGAGAGGCACAAAAUAAAAUCGUAGCUCAGAGACUGUGAAAAGCACCGUUUAUAGAACAUCAGCAUUAAAGUUUGUGACAAGCUGCCUACUGAAGUGUAUUUUGUAAAGCAUGAAGUCAAACUGCAUUGCACUUUUCAUUCUAACAGAUGAUGUAUGACAGAUAUUAGAAAAUCUUUUUGCAAAUGCUGUACAAUUAAGGCAACAGACAAACUGACAUUAUAACUUUACAGAGAGAAAUUUAAAUCGAAAAAACAGAGGAAAUAAAUUAGAAUGAUAGCAGGAGUACUAAUCUGAUUUGAGUCCAUGAAACAUUCUGGUGAUUUGCCCUCAUUAAUAUAGCAGACUGAAUAAAUCGUAUAGAUAAAUAAAAAAUUUCAUUAACGGCUAUAAAUAGGGCACAUUUGUGACUUAACCCCUGGAAUGGGGUGGUGACUGCAGGUCCACUCAGUUGAAUUCAUGUCUAUUAGCUGAUGGUACUGCACGUAGACUUAAGUAAUGAACGCUGGUCUGUUACGUAUCUGCACAGCCAUCUCAUUUCACUGCACCUCUAGGACAUCGGCUCAUCUGAACAUUCUGGUCUCUCUUUCUUACUGAACUGACACAAAGCAGUCAGGCAGGAAGAUCUGGAGCACAACUUAUCUGAAGAGACAGCCCCACAGCUACCCAAGGGCAGCCUGACUAAAGAGCCGUCUAUCCUGUGCCCCAUUUUAGGACCAUCGUGUCCAAACAGGAGGAUCAAGUCAAGGCUGUCCUCUGAACAAGUAAGGCAGUGAGACCUCUCUAUGAACAGCAAGGUUUGGCAGGUGACUUGGAAAGCAAGACCACCUGACCCCCUAUGGCGGGCACAGUGAACAUACAAAGUCUCACUUGUACCUCACCGAUGCACACAUGGACAUGUUUGAUUGUUGCUGUCUCACUUGUAGCAUUCAGGUCACGUUCCACCACUGGUUUAUAAACCAUCGUGUUACUCAAAUCACCCAAUGUGACUCUCAGAGAACAUCUGCAGCAAAGGGAGCAUAAAAAGAGUGGUGGAUAAUUUUUGUAACAUUACAAUAAUUCAUAACAAAAUGAAACAUUACGUUACAGAUGUUAACUGCAGCUCCUGCACACUUCACUUUUCAUUUGAAUGGGUAACAGUUUGGCACUCACCAUACACUCCAUAUUGUAGCUGUGAAGCACCGGCCAACAUCACACAAUCAGAAUGGUGGGAGACUCAACAGGGCAGGUUGUGUUAAUCCUCCUGAGAUCAGCAACUGGCUCACAUUUGUAAAUAUGCCCCACUGACGGUCUGUGCACAUCCUCAGAAAUGGACAACUUUUGACCAAAGAGAUCAUCCAACGGCCAUUUACUGUGAAAAGAGCCUGCAGACAAGCAGAUUAGAGACACUGAGCAGCCAUAACAAUCCAGUGUGCCCACACUUGGCGGACCGCCCUUAACACACAGGCAGGCUACCUUGUGCUGCGGAGACGAAAUCACUAAAAACAGACAAAAAGAUACAAGGGACAAGAUAUUCAAAUACUAGGAAAAAAUCCUCAAUGUUAGAAAUAAGUCCACGGCACCACAGACAUUUUCAACUAAAUUUUAUUAAAAAAAAAAAAAAAAACGAUUUAGGGGGGGAGAACAGCAUUCUGCUCUAAUUUACAUUCCUGGUCAUUUCAUACAAAAGGAUGUGCAGACCGGGGGGGUGCAGACCACCCCGAAUCUCUGAAAAGGCCGGAUGUGAUCCACACUGCCUGGAUUGAGGAGUCUGUGGUGAGGCGCUAUAUGACCAAUCAGAGAUAUGGUGGCAAGUGACCAUGUGAGACCAUUUCAGGAAAUCUUAAAACAUUUAAAGAAAUUAAUAAAUGGGAAGCAUGUUAUGCA